AUGAAUCGAUCACGGUUGCUUUGGCGGGUCACCAAAAAGAAAAUCCUCGAAUGUCAACACAGGUUAAAAAGUCUCAUGAAAAAGGCACCGAAGACUGCACCUGCAGUUGUGCUCGAUGAUCUUGUGAUGGAGGAAGUCCUGAAACAUUUGGAUCUCACCGAUCGAGUAAAAAUGAGAGGGGUUUCGCGGCAUAUACAGGCGCUUGUGGAUCGUAUGCCGUUAGUUCUUCCCUUUAUCUUCAUUCGAUCAGAUGCACGUGGGAAUAUUGAGCUUCAUUGUGACUAUAUGGACGUGUUGGCAGGCUAUGUGCUUGCCGAUCUCCCUGGCUUCAAAAUCGUCGAUGAUGCAAUUACAUUCAACUACACGAACGCGCGUUCAGUGAUGACUGCUCUUGUGUCACGCAUCACUGGUGUCACUCACUUAUGGCUGGAUUCACCAUGGAAUGGUCACAUUAUACAAACCAUUGUCGAAUAUUAUCAGGCUAUCAAUAGCGGAUCAAACAGAAUGAGGUUCCAUCUGGAAGAACUUACUGUAGUCGGGAGUAUCAGAGCAAGUGACGCUGAUUGGAUAUCCUCGCUGAUCCUCCUCUCCCGCCGCACUAUUUCAUCGCUACGCUUUCGUCAUUGUCGUCUACACACGCAUCAACAAACCGUACAGCUGUGGUCUGCGGUGUCCCAAUGUCAAGCACUCUCGCGGUUACAGUAUGAACCCUGUCGUUUGGAUAAAUGGAGCAGACCGCAUUUAAUCGAAGCGUUGGACAAGAAACCCCUCGAAUCCUUAAUCCUAACAGGAAUUUACGACCUCCAGCCAUCAGAUCUGUUCCGUAUGAGCAGCGGUGGGAGAUUGGUGGAGCUGGCUGUUGUUGGAGAGCAGAUAAAACCCACAAUAUUCUCUUCAAAAGACGCAAAGACGAUGGUUGAGAAGCUUGAGAACCUACUUAUACAAGUAGAUUCCACGUUCUCCAUUGAUGACUUACCAGACAGAUCCGCACUUUUGCGGGUAUUGACUACAAUGCCGGAAGUUGGCGUGUUGGAAGUGAUCCACAUCUGUCAUGGAACGGUCGCUGAUACGGCGAAAGUUAUUGGCUACUGGAUCCAACUGGCCAGCGAUUCUUCAAGAGAGAUAAAAUUGAAGUUGGAGGAGUGCUCACAAGAACGUGCUGAUGCCGCCGUUGGCCGACUCUUGCGGAAGGUCCGUGGCAUCGGUCAUAGCGGGUGGACAAAAGGUGGAGUGGCGAUGCAAAUGGGUGAAGGACGGUUAACAGUUCUGGACAAGAGGGCGUGGUUUGGAGACGAGUGA